GCCAAGCAGCGGGACGCUCGGUUUGGGGAAGGAAGUGCUUUACGGCACAGUCGCAAAGAAGGUGCCGUAAAGUGGGCGGAGCGGCCGCACUACGCCUGCGGUGAGUCGGUGAAGCGCAGUUACCUUAACCGCGCAGCGGCGCCGCCUCGUGCCGCCCGAUGACACGGACAAGAUGGCGGAGCGCUGGCGCGCGGACUGCCCCGAGGCCGUGUACCGCUCGCGAGACGCGCUCGCGAACCUGCGCCUCAGGGUGCGGAUCCAGCGGGUCACAUCCAGCAUGCUGUUCCCAGACCAGCUGGAGGAGCGAGUGGCAGGAGAGCCGGACAAGGGACUCAUUGAGCUGGACACCUUGCGCAGACACACUCCGUCAGCUGUGGAUGACCAGGAGGAGCAGGUGGUGGCGUGGCAGGAGAAGCUCUUCAGUCAGUUUGAGGUGGAUCUGUUCCGGACAGAAUCGACAUGUCAGAGCCCACUGGACCGGCAGUACCACCGGGACAUUGUGGCUUUGGAACGGGCUGGAGGAAGACGCAACCAGCGCAUCUUCACCUACACAGACUACGACCGCUGCACCAGUCUGGAGGAGCAGCACACUCAGGUCUUGACGACCUCGAACAAGUCGAGUCCCACCUUUCUGGCAGAGAGGAUGGCCAAUGUCAGACAGCGAAGACAUGAGAGGCGUCACAUAGAAGGCCAUGCAUCCAAGUCUCGGCUGGUCACCUGGGAGCCCACGGAGGACUUUGUGAAGAACAGCCAUGUGGUCAACACGCCUGUGCAGACCAUGUACAUCAUGGCUGACCUGGGACCUCAUGGGAAACUGGGCCAGAAAGAGAACGAGUAUGUCCUCUGCACCGUGAGGGCAGACAGCAACGGAGUGAUCACCAUCAAGCCAGACUUCAACUACAGCAAAGAGCCGUACAGGGUGCUCACGAAUGGAGAGAAGCGGGAGGUGUGGCUCCUCAGCCUGGAGAACGCAUCGGCCGCCAUCAGCCAGGAGGAGCGCGAGCGGGAGCAGCGCGUGUACCGAGACCUCUACGUCCGGCACAGAGACUACCUGAGCAGUCUGGUUGGCCAAGACUUUGAAAUGCCACCGCCGGGAAUCCUUCGCUUGCUGGUGAACGGGGAGGUUGUGUCGGCCAAGGGCUACGAGUACGACGACCUCUACGUGCACUUCUUCGUGGAGCUGCCUGACGACUGGUCUGCUUCUCCCCCACAGUCUCUCUCAGGAGUGACGCAGACGUGCCGCACGCGCACUUUGGGCAAGGACAGCGUGGCCUUCUUCUGCCACCCGUUCAGCUUCGAGGCCUUCUUCAGGAAAGAGGAUGAGACAGAAGAGUCGCUGCCCCGCUGGCCGGUGCUCUACUUUGAGGUUCUCUCUCUGGACCUGUGGCAGCGUUACAGGACCGAGGGCUACGGUUGCCUGGUGAUUCCAGCCAGUCCCGGGUCACACACGCUGACCUGCUCCACGUGGAGGCCCCUGCAGGGUGGCACGGUGGCAGAGCUGCGGCGCUUCUUCAUCGGCGGGUCCCCUGAGCUUGAGGACAUGAGCUACGUCAGGGUGCCGAGCACCUUCAAGGGUGACCGUCUCAGUCGCUUCGGCUUCCGAACAGUGACCACAGGAAGUGUGACUUUCACCCUCCACUGUAUGCAACAUGCCAGGGCCUUUGUGGACGCGGGAGUGUUGAAUAAGAGGAGACAGAGUGUCCUGGACCAGCUGGGCGGCUUCAGCCAGCAGAGCUCUGUCCACGGUGUGCUAGAGGCUUUCGAGAGGGCACGCCGCCGCAUGCGGGAGGCCAGAGAGAGUCUUCCCGAGGAGCUCAUGGACACGAGCGCACGGCUCCACACCGAGCCCAUGGUAUGAACUCGCACGGCUGCCUCCUGCACCAUACGUCUCGUAGGAUCUCUGGCUCAUCCCAAAGGACAGGAGGGUGUGUUCAAACGCAGCGGAUAAUUUCAUAGCCUUAUGUGUGUCCGUGUUCAUUUCGUGAAAUGCUCGCACGCUUUCUUGAACCAGAUCUUCGGUGCUUCAGGUAGGCCGCUUGGAUGCGUUCAGUGUGUUUAGUGUUUGUUUAUAAUAGCAAUUUUUAAAUAAGGAUCUUUGUGUUAUUACUUGAACUGAUUUUGCAAUAAAUUUCUAGUGAAAUUAUGACUUUCCAUUGGUUCCUCUAUUUUCUGUUUUUAGUGAUUUCUGUCAUCUUGACAUCUUUGGAAGCCUUUUUCAUUAAUCUGACAAAAAACAUGAAGUCUACGUGUGUGUGUGUGUGUGUGUGUAUGUGUGUGUUUCUAACUAUUUUUACCGUGAGGCACAGUCUCUGGGUGUAGGUUACAAAAAGAACAAACCA